AUGAAAAAAUGUGAUAAUGAAAGAAUAGCUUAAUAAAUUUAUGCCAGUUAGAUGUUAAAAUUAUAAGGUAAAAUCCUGGAAAAGAAGUUAACUAAAAAUGGAUCCAAAAAUCACAUUGAAAGUUAAUCACAAAACAUCUCAAAUAACAAUAGUCCUGUCGUUGGAAGAUAAAAAUCUUAUGAGAAUUUGUAGAAAGUCAAUAAGACAUUUAUAAAUUAACCUGUGUCUUAAUAAAAAUUAAGCAGUAUUUUAAAUGUAAUAAGUGGACAAUAACAAAACACUAAAUAAAAGUAUUCAAUCAACAACGAAUUGAUUGAAACUGUUAAAAUUUCACAUAAGUUACGCAAAAAUCAAUCUAUGAUACAUAUAGAAUAAUAAUCUCCUGCUUUAACUAAAAAUGCAUCCUUCCAUCAUUCUGUUAAGAAUAAAAUCAAUAGUAAUAGUGUAUCAAGUGAUUAAUCUCAAAUUUAAAAAAUCAAAGAGAAAAUUAAAUUGUUAUUAUAGGAACGAGAUCAAAAUCUACCAUAAGAUACUAAAGAAUUAGCAUUUAUGACUAAAUUUAAUUAAAUACUAAACUAAUUAGUAGUAGUACUAUUCUAAGAACCAAAUCUUUAAGUAUCUCAAUAACAAUUCAAUUUGCCAUCCUCAACUCAAGAUACAUUCUAAGCAAUUUAAAUAGAUCAUUUCUUUAAAAGAUAGAUUCAGAUUUUAUAAUAAUCUUAUUAAUAACAAUUAGAUAAAAAGAAAAUGGAAAAUGUAUUACUUUAAAAUAAAAAGAAAUAAGAAAUCUUACAGUAAGAAAAUGAAUAAUUAUAAGAAAAUAAAUAAUAAAUGAAUGAUUAAAUAAUCUAAUUGAAGUAAUAAAUCUCGGAAUUGUAAAAAUAGAAUAACAAUAAUCAAGAAAAUAUUUAAUUAGAAUCAGGUAUAUAUAAAUAUAUAUUAAAAAAAUAGAAACUCAAGAAUUGAAAUAUCUCGUAUAAGGAUAAUUUGAAGCAAUAUAAAAAUUAUUAUAAAGAGAAUAAUUAAUGAAAGUAUUUUUAAAAAGAGUUGGUGAUAGUUCGAUAAUAGAGUAAAUUAAUUUAUAUUUUUAUAGAAUGUUUGAAUAAUUUAUUUAAAGUGCAGAAAAUGUUAAUUAAGAUGAUACUGAAGGAAAUUUAAAUAUAGAUAUGUUACCAUAACAAAAACAUUCUUAAAUUUAAAAAAACAAUUAAUAAUAAAAAUAAUAAUUAUCAUAAUAAAUUCCAGAUAAAAUAAUUCAAUAAUAUGAAACUAGUUAUAAAUAAUUAGAUUUAUGUGAUUCAUUAUUGGCUGAUGAUUCAAGUAAGAAUUAUAUACUAAUAUUAAGGAGUUAAUGAUUCAGAAGAAAGUAGUUUUGGAUAUUUAGGGAAAGAAUAAGCAACAGAAGUUAGUUGUUAUUUUAAUUAAGCUUAGUAAUAUAUUAUUUAAUUUAUAUUCUAUUAGAUAAUUUUAAUAGUAACAAAACCAAUAAUAAUCUGUAUAAUAAUAGAAUUAAAAAAUGAAAGGGAAAUCUAAUAAUAACAAAGACAAAUUAAGAAUUAAUAUGAUGGAUGUAUAAUUGGCAUAAGCUGCGUAAUUAUUAUAUAAUAAUUGUUUAAAGUUAGAAACAUGAAUAUCUAAAAUAACAAUAGUUAAUGUAAUAAUAACAUUAACAUCAUGACAAGAUUCUACCAGAUGAUAUUAACAGUGAAGAUGUAUGUAAAAUGUAUAUUCAUAGUUUUGAAUAGUUUACAAGAUUUGAUAUUUUUAAUACUAUUAUAAAUNAAAAUCAAAGAGAAAAUUAAAUUGUUAUUAUAGGAACGAGAUCAAAAUCUACCAUAAGAUACUAAAGAAUUAGCAUUUAUGACUAAAUUUAAUUAAAUACUAAACUAAUUAGUAGUAGUACUAUUCUAAGAACCAAAUCUUUAAGUAUCUCAAUAACAAUUCAAUUUGCCAUCCUCAACUCAAGAUACAUUCUAAGCAAUUUAAAUAGAUCAUUUCUUUAAAAGAUAGAUUCAGAUUUUAUAAUAAUCUUAUUAAUAACAAUUAGAUAAAAAGAAAAUGGAAAAUGUAUUACUUUAAAAUAAAAAGAAAUAAGAAAUCUUACAGUAAGAAAAUGAAUAAUUAUAAGAAAAUAAAUAAUAAAUGAAUGAUUAAAUAAUCUAAUUGAAGUAAUAAAUCUCGGAAUUGUAAAAAUAGAAUAACAAUAAUCAAGAAAAUAUUUAAUUAGAAUCAGGUAUAUAUAAAUAUAUAUUAAAAAAAUAGAAACUCAAGAAUUGAAAUAUCUCGUAUAAGGAUAAUUUGAAGCAAUAUAAAAAUUAUUAUAAAGAGAAUAAUUAAUGAAAGUAUUUUUAAAAAGAGUUGGUGAUAGUUCGAUAAUAGAGUAAAUUAAUUUAUAUUUUUAUAGAAUGUUUGAAUAAUUUAUUUAAAGUGCAGAAAAUGUUAAUUAAGAUGAUACUGAAGGAAAUUUAAAUAUAGAUAUGUUACCAUAACAAAAACAUUCUUAAAUUUAAAAAAACAAUUAAUAAUAAAAAUAAUAAUUAUCAUAAUAAAUUCCAGAUAAAAUAAUUCAAUAAUAUGAAACUAGUUAUAAAUAAUUAGAUUUAUGUGAUUCAUUAUUGGCUGAUGAUUCAAGUAAGAAUUAUAUACUAAUAUUAAGGAGUUAAUGAUUCAGAAGAAAGUAGUUUUGGAUAUUUAGGGAAAGAAUAAGCAACAGAAGUUAGUUGUUAUUUUAAUUAAGCUUAGUAAUAUAUUAUUUAAUUUAUAUUCUAUUAGAUAAUUUUAAUAGUAACAAAACCAAUAAUAAUCUGUAUAAUAAUAGAAUUAAAAAAUGAAAGGGAAAUCUAAUAAUAACAAAGACAAAUUAAGAAUUAAUAUGAUGGAUGUAUAAUUGGCAUAAGCUGCGUAAUUAUUAUAUAAUAAUUGUUUAAAGUUAGAAACAUGAAUAUCUAAAAUAACAAUAGUUAAUGUAAUAAUAACAUUAACAUCAUGACAAGAUUCUACCAGAUGAUAUUAACAGUGAAGAUGUAUGUAAAAUGUAUAUUCAUAGUUUUGA